AUGUCGACAUCCGACAACGUCAACACGAGCCGCUUCAAAUUUCGACUCCAAAGUCCAACUCCUAUAUUGUCUACCAGCUUUCGCAAAUUGCAGCCGAAAGAUUCGGCCCCCUCUGGUUCGAACACGUCAAAGGACAAGGGCAAGGGCAGGGAAAAGGACAGGGACAAGGACAAAGACGGCAGCUUGGUCUGUCAGGCGACUCACAACACCAUUCACCAGGUUCUCCUUACCUAUUGCCCGGGGGAGGAUGGGCUGGAGGCUAUCGCGGAUAUCUUGGCCCAGAUGUAUGAGCUCAUGCAUGAAAAAGACUUCACGGUCUUCGCCACCAGCACUCUCGAGAACAAGAUGUCGAAGGCCGAACACAAAAAGACAAAGCCCCUUCAUCUUGUGGCUAUCAUGCUCGCCGAAUUGAAGGACGGCACCGACCCUGUAGCGCCAUCCGUGUUCGUGCCUUCGUCGAUCUCCCAGAAAUCGUCAGGGGGAAGGAAGGUGACUGUUGAGGAAGUAGACGAGGAAGAGGAAGAGGAAGAGGAAGAGGAAGAGGAAGAGGAAGAGGAAGAGGAAGAGGAAGAGGAAGAGGAAGAGGAAGAGGAAGAGGAAGAGGAAGAGGAAGAGGAAGAGGAAGAGGACGAAGGUGACUCCUCUGCUAAGAACGAGACGUCGACUCAAAGUCCACUCAAACCGCCCUCUGGUCGUCAUGGCUUGGGGGCCCGCCCACCGGUCUCCGUCCACAUGAAGAUAGAGGGACUGUCUGCACCGCUCGCGAACAAACCAUUAGAGAAACCUGGCCGCUCGUCGCCUGAGCCUCUCUCGACUUCACCACUCUCGACCGUCAAUGCUGAGGUUCGAAGCAGACAUCGGGGUGUUGACUGGAAAGCGGUAACAUCUGACCACACAACGCCCAUCAGAAAGCAUAGAAUCCGCUUCGUCACAGUUUACUGCCACGAACUUCACAAAGUUAAGACUCUACCCAGCCCGGGUGUCUUGGUGCCUGCGGUGUGGACAUCAAUGAACGGCGACAUACUCAUCCUCUACAAUGUGCGGUCAGCACAAGCCAUCAAGGGCGCCGAUUCCCACAGAGUCUGGUACUUCGAGGAUGGCUGGAAGAACAUAACCAAAGUGUGGAAUGAAGGUCUGGACGAAGCCCAUAUCACCCACCCAGAUCAAGUCGGGAUGUGUGAUUAUUUCCUUACUAAGAAUGCCGGUAAACCGUCAUGGAUUCAGUCAGCAUCGCAGAGGGCUAAGAUUCGCAGAAAUACUUCGAAGGAGUGA